AUGAACCGCUUUACACGCUCUCUUCUUCAGAGUGUCUACGCUAUACCGCAAACCGGCUUGUCGAGGUGCUGUUUUGGGAGCUGGUCGUCGCGAGCUGUGCUGGACGCUGGCCAACGCGUCAGUGCGAGUCUGCUGGGCACCAGGCAGGAGCUCCGUCUAACGCAACAGCGGGAGCAGCGCGUUCUCCGGCACUCGUUCUCGACGCAAUUGAACCCUGGUGGAACAGAGCGCGCGCAGCGGUCGCUCGAGUCCCUUCUGGAUCGCCCAGCGCAAGUGCUGUUCCUGACGGAGCUCUGGAGAGGCCUUGGGAACCUGCUCGACAUAUUCUUCGACCCAAAAGCGAUGUACACCAUCAACUAUCCCCAGGAAAAAACUCCUGUCUCACCGAGGUUUCGGGGUGAGCACGCCUUGCGACGUUACCCAACUGGCGAGGAGCGCUGCAUCGCCUGCAGUCUGUGCUCCGCGGCGUGUCCGGCACUGGCGAUCACCAUCGAGGCAGAGCCCCGACCAGACGGCUCCCGGCGAACAACGCGCUACGAUAUUGACGGCUCCAAGUGCAUUUACUGUGGGUUAUGUCAGGAAGCGUGCCCCGUCGACGCAAUUGUGGAGUCCCCUACGCUCGAGAGCGCCGUAGAAACCCACGAGGAGCUGCUCUGGAACAAGGAGAAGCUUCUCUCAAACGGCGAUCGAUGGGAGCCCGAGCUCGCCCGAGCUAUCGAGGCAGAUGCCCCGUAUCGCUGA